GUCAGCGCGUAAAAAUAGCGCGUAGCGAGAAGCAUGCUCCCGGAGGCCCGUGGCAAAGACGUCCGGCUCGAGUCGCCGCCACUAUUGAACCCGCUGCACGAAAAGUUUGACUCGUGGCUGACCUCGACCUUUGCUUUAAGCCCCCAAGGCCGCAAGCCGCGGAAGCGCACUGCGCGGCUUUUGAGGCCACUCCUGGGUCACAGCGCGUCAGAGCCAACCGCAGCCACUGUCCACGCAGAGAAGCAACUGAGCGCCAAGCCAAAACGUCCAGUGACCUCGUUGCCAUCCAUCGAGACGAUCCAGCGCCAGCGAUUUGCGGCGCUUGUGGCCGAAGCGAGCUACCGCUCAUUCAGCUAUCCCAGUCGCCUUGGCUUAGGGCCAGGGUUGCUCUUCACAAAGGCGCUGGGGGCGCUUGCAAACUCGGAUGAUAUAUUAUUGCCCGCAACGUUGGUGCGCGAGGAAUCUGGCACGUACCGCCUCGUGUACUCGAAUGCGGACCAGCGCAUCUGCACGCGUGAAUAUGCGUCCAAAGCCGACGUUGAGGCCGACGCACCGCGCCUCCUCCGGCUCUUUACGCGCCGACAGCAAGCCAUUUGCGCUGCCGUCAAGACGUACGACCCGGCGACAAAAUCGAACACGCUCGAUCUGCUAGAAACGCGCCAGGACGUUGCCCGCGCGCUCCGCAGCCUCCUCCUCGUCACCUCUGGCGUCGUCGGCCUCCAAGAGUUUAUUGCAGCUAAGCCCAACCGCGUCCAGUCGUCGCUGCUCGUGCGCUGUGCAUUUGUACCCACUCGACCCAAGCAGAGCGUCGUUUGGGUCUUCACCGACACGGCGCACCCGGUGGUCGACACGACCGAUGCGCAAGCGUGCCGCGUCGACAAGGCCACCGCACCGACGUCGUGGGCAACGCCACGCGCACAGACUCAAGUCCUUGUGACCGCCAUGAUGGCCGCGACCUCGAUUCGAUUCACGGCGCUCGUGGCGGACUUUGCGCAGGACGACGAAGGUCGAUGGUGGUGCUUGCAAGUCAAAGCAUUCCGCGCCGCCGACGUCGAGGCGCGCGCCGAGCCGGAAAAGCCGGCCACGACGCCCAAGUGCGCGGGCCAGUUUUGCAAAGAGAAUGCGACGCCCCGAGAGAUGGCCAAGCAGCCACUGCUGUACAAGGACCUUUUACGAGGCAAUUUUUUGACGCAAAACUCCGAGUUGCCGAAUGUGGCCGCGGCGUACGAGGUGUAUGCGCAGUCCUGGUCGCGCCGUGUCCGCAACCAACUCUACAACCGCGUGCUUGUCUGCACAAAGUGCUACGAUCGGUACAAUCAGCUACUCACCGUACCGUCCCAGCCCUCGACGACGGUGACACUCGCGUCGUCGGCGUCUUUGCAACAGCUCUUGGCGUCCAUGGAAGCUAUGGUGCCAGAGCUUGCUCCGUUGAGUCCGCCGGGCACAGAUCCCUCCACACCCAAAGAUAUAGAGGAUGAAGCACCGACGAAUCAAGAGCCAACGCCUCGAGCACUGACCAAAGCACGCGUCGUUCACGAAGAGACAGAGAAUGUGUGCGACAUUGAGUCGCAAAUGCCGCUCACCACGACUGUCGAUCCACGCCUCGAACGGCCCGUGUCCCCCGAGAUAUCCCCGUGCUGUACCUCGCAGGCACCGACAGGCCAGUCGUCGCAAGCGGUGAUCAGCAGCCGCUCGGCUGUGGUCGAGGACGUCAUGCCAGUUUUACCUCUGGCGCGCCGCGCCAGCGUUGUCGACUCGUUCUGGGAUCAGCUACAACCCGCCAAACCGCUGGUCGCGCCAGUGCCUUCCGCAGCGACAAUUCCAGUGGUGGUGCUGCCCAAACACUCUAUGUCGGUGGACCCAAGCCGCUUGUUCUUCGACGACCAAUACAAACAGUCCGUCCUUGUCGAAAUGCACGCGGUGAUGGCCGACAUGCACACGGUUGUGAUUUCGGCGACGUCUGACGACGCGACCGCGACAAUGGCACUGCAAUCGCUCUUCCUCGAAGUUCAAGAUGACUGCAUCGAGGGCGUGUACGGUCUCGACGCAGUAGAUACGAUCAACAGUCGUCCUCAACUGACCGUCACGCCGCAUUUUUCGACCCCGUCACGAAGCAUCGGUUAGCACUUUGAAACCCUAAUCACUAGGUUACGAUGCGAACUGUGGUGUGCUACAGGUUAUUGCCCGGAGCUCCGUCGCGUAGCUGAUCGUUCCGAGAGGUUUAUGGUACUAGUAGAUGGUUGAUACUCUUCAUAAAAAGAAAUUGACGUCAUUAACUCGA